AUGGCCGGCGCUACUAAGCUUCAGGUCUGCGUGGCGCUGAUGGUGGCGGCGGCGAGUGGGCAGCUAGCCGACGGCGCCGUGGAUCGUUAUUUUGUGCUAUCGUGCAUGUCGCCGUGCUUGGAUUACAUCAGAGGGAAGGGCCCCUUGGUGCCGGCUUGCGCUGACAGGCGGGAGGAUCUGGGAUCGGCGGGAUUUGAUCUUCAGCCGCUGUUGGAUUUGUGGAUGAUGGCCCUGUUUGAGCUUCAUUAG